AUGAGAUUCGCAUCACCGCUGAUAGCGGUCACUUCCGCUCUAUGGCUCACCCUCUUCCCUUCCGUGCAGGCACAGUCUGCGGAAGCCUCGGGAUCCCUCUCGCUGAUUGAGGGCGAGGAUCUCUUCACCUUCCGGUACUCCACCUCCCAACCCGACAGCUCCAACUGGGUCGGUCUCUACUACAGCGCCGGCGGAGGCCCCGUCGAUGGGGAGAAGGGCUCGUCCAACUCCAUAAUGUGGAAGUGGACGCCCAAGUCCCAGGGAACCGUCCAGCUGUCCGCCUCUAGCCUCGAACCCGGCAACUACACGGCCUUCUUCCUCGCCCGCGGCGGCUACCAGUCGCUUUCUGAGCCUCUCGAGGUGGUCAAGCCCCGUGAGACUGGUGGGGAUGUCGCGUUUAUCGUCUCUGACGUCACCCUGCCCAAAGCGCGUGUCGGCGAUAGGUACACGUAUCGGCUUAGCGGCCUCGUCAAGGGCGGCAACCAUGUCACUUUCUCCACUCAAGGAUACGGCAGCUGGCUCAAGAUCACUGAAGGCGGCGUCCUUGCUGGUACACCUACUGGUACGGCUAAGGAUGCCGUUGUCACCAUUCGCGCGACGGGUACCGACUCUGCCGCCAUUGGUGUCUUUACUGUUCCUGUGGUCCCCGAGGGUGAGCCUCUGAUUAAGGAGCUCAAGGUCAUGUCCUUGAACAUGUGGAACGGUGGCACCGGAGUCACCAACUACCACGACAAGCAGGUCCGCUUCAUGGCAUCUUCCGGCGCUGAUAUCAUCGGCAUCCAGGAAGAUCAGUGGGGCCGUCACAUCCCUCGUCUCGCCAAUGCUCUGGGCUGGUGGGGAUGGUCCAGCGGCGGCGAUGUCGGCAUUCUCAGCAAGUACCCUAUUGUUGAGGAGUACGGCGUCAUCAGCAGACCCAGCCGUUCUGGAGGUGUGAGGAUCGCUCUCGACGGUGACCAACAGCAGCUCAACUUUUACGUUGCUCACCUGGGCUACACUCCUUAUGGACCUUAUGACACCUGCUUUAGCCACAUGAGCCCCGACAAGGUUAUCCAGCGAGAGGCUCAGUCUGGUCGCACACCUCAGAUGGAGGCUACCCUCCGCGGCAUGAAGAACCACCUUGACCAGGCUGAUGAGACUCCCGUGUUCCUCGUCGGUGACUUCAACGCUCCUUCUCACCUCGACUGGGUCGACGGUCUCAAGGAGAAGAACUGCGGCUACUCCAACUUCCGCUGGCCAACCUCUGUCCUCCCUGAGGAGGCAGGCCUCAUCGACUCCUUCCGAGUCGCCAAUCCAGACCCGGUCAAGGUCCAAGGCACAACCUGGUCCCCCGUCACCAUCUGGAACAACGCCAACCGCCGAGAGCCCCAGGACCGAAUCGACUUUAUCCUGCACAAGGGCAAGAGCCUCAAGGUGACGGACUCGCACACAGUGGUUGUCGGACAUCCCAUGCCGAUCCCCGACACCAAGUACAACGAGUGGUUCUCUGACCACGCUGCUGUGCUGACGACUUAUGAGUUGGAGUGA